AUGGGUGUUCAUGCGGCUCUGCAGACCCUCACGAAGGCCCGGCUCCCGCUUCCGGAGCGGCCGGAGCGCCGGCCCGGCUCCGUGGGGUUUUCCACUCACGAGGCGCGCCGGGAGGACUUAGGGCGUUUCCACGCCAGGCCCUGGGCCCUGAGUUACGCAGACUAUUGCGAACGGCCACGGCGGCCUGUGACCUGGAGUGAGGUCACCUGUGACUGGGCAGUGAGUGACCUGGCCUCAGGUCGCUGCGCCUCCAAGCCCCAGGCCAUCGGGCCAUCCGGGACCCCAGGGCGGCGGGGCGGGCGGGGGGCGGGACCGCGGCCCCUCCCCGCGCAGCCCCGGGCCCGCUCCCCCCGCCAGAGCGGCGUCGGGGCUCCGGAGGCCGAGAGCCCGGCGCUCAACUUGGCCCCAGACGCCUCCCCAGAAGCCUUCGUCAUGCGAGUGCUGCUGGAGGAGACCGGGGAGAUGUUCCAAGUGACAAACUGCCGCAGCGACAUGACGGUGCGGGAGCUCAAGGAGGAGCUGGACCUCACCGCCGGCAUCCCCUUGGACCUGCAGCGGCUCCAGUACCUGGACCAAGGAAUUUGGAUGGAUGAUACUACGUUGCAGUUCCAUGAUGUUGUUCCUGGUGGAAUUAUUUCAUUAUGUGUCUGGCGCCAUGAUGGAUGGACGGAACUGGUUUUGGCGGCUGUGGAAGGGGAUCCCAGUAAGCUCUCCUGCCUCGGUGUCGACGAAGAUUCUCUUUACCAAACUGCAAAUUCGCGGCGUUUGGAGCACAAGCAGCGGAAGGCCUGGAUCGCUCACAGAGCGUUCGUGGCCUUGUACGUUACCUCUCACAGAGGCCACUCGGACGCCGUGCAGUACCUUCUAGAACACGGGGCCAGCUGUCUCAGCAGAAGCCCCAUGGGCAGGACAGCCCUGCACGCGGCCGCAGCCAUGGGCCGUCUGGACUGUAUCAACCACCUGCUGAACUAUGGAGCCUCCAUCAAUGAAAAAGAUGCCAGGGGGGAGACCCCCAUGUCCCUCGCCCGGCGCCUGAACCACAGGCACAGUGAGCAGCGCAUGUUCUUCUUCUACUGGAUGGCGAAGUCAGGGACAACAGACCCAAAGAACUUGACCGAGAACAAGGUUCUUCUCAGGGCAAAGUCUAAGUCAGGCUCCAAGAAGAGCCAAGUUUGAUUCCCUCUGGGAAUGUCUGCACCUCGAGGGUGACUUGGGUAACUUUUUAGAGUUCAAAUCCACAGUGGCCCUUGGGGAGCAGGAAGCCAAGAAAACAUGGCAAUUAAUCUGAAUCAGAUACUAAAUUAUCUGUCCUGUUUGCAAAUGAAUCGGGGAGGGUGCUGAUGGAGGUAGGUGAGCUUGUGUUCAUUCUGUAAUCCAUUACGGACCUGCUAGCUGUUAUUUUUAAGCUAUUUGAACAUUGUAUCCAGUAACGCAGCUUGGGGUGAUGGGAGCCAAUUACCUUCUUGCGUCUGGAGACCAUCUAAUGCAUCAGCAUAAUAGAAGUAAUAGUGGUGAUGAGAAUGGUACUGUUGCUAUUGCCAUGCCCAAGUGCUGGCAAAUGUUGGAGGGGUCCUGCGUGGGGCGGGCUCUGAAUUUCAGUCUGUAAAGCUCAGGAACUGUGUGCUACGUGCUG